ACAAGUAGAGGGUGAAUGACCAGGCUCAGCGGCAGACUUCUCGGUUGUGGCGAGGACUCGGAUUUGCUGGGGACACCAGCCAGGGGUAGAGGACCAUGUGGCUGCCUCCGGCUCUGCUCCUUCUCUGCCUCCCAGGCUGUUUGUCCCUGGGGGGCUCCGGCUUUGUGAGGGGCACCGAGGGCAGCUCCCUGACCAUCCGGUGCUGGUACGAGGAGGGUUACAAGGACUAUAACAAAUACUGGUGCCGUGGAGAGCAUGACACAGACUGUGACAAGAUCGUGGAAACCGGGGGAGGAGAGAGAGAACAGAGAGAUGGCCGAGUGUCCAUCCAAGACAACCCCAACACCCGCACGCUCACCGUGACCAUGAGGAACCUCCAUGUGGCCGACGCCGGGCCCUACUGGUGUAAAAUCCAGACACUGUGGAUCUUUGACGCAUGGUCACGGGACCCCUCGUUCCGGGUGCAGGUGUCUGUUUCCCCAGCACCCCUUACAACCACAGGACCGACCGCACGCCGCACCACACCGGCCGCCACCCCGGCCACGUUCCUGGAGGUGAUCACCGGGCAGAACGCCAGCACCAACCGAGUGCCGUCCUCCUGCCCAGGGGUUCCGCUCAGCACUGUCUUCUUCUUCCUGUUCCUGGUGUUGGUGAAGGUGCCUCUGCUCCUGAGCAUCCUCGGGGUGGUCCUGUGCGUGAGCAGGCGUCCGACGGGCCCUGGAAGGAGACGGAGUCAGCCUGACCACGGGGGUCCUCCUGACCACUGGGGUCCACCAUGCCAUGUGCCAGCUCCGGGAAAGCCCUGCCCGGGAACCCAGCCCUUCGGACUGGACGGGAGAGACCUGUGGGCCCUGCAGUCCAGGACAAGGAGGCAGUAGGGCCUGGAUUCUGGGGGAGCUGGGACCUUCUGGGAUGUUGUUUCUAUGCCUCAAGGGAGGCCCCCGGGGCUCCGAGGGCACUCGCUCUGGUCCUGAAGUGGGGGAAAGAUGAGUUUUGGGCCCCUGCGUGGGGUCUCCCUUCUCCUCCCCAGACCCCCCAGCUGCUUACCCUCAUGCCUACUUCCCAAGGGAAAGAGUUCCCUGGAGGUUGCGUGCUCAGAAGCCUGGCUAUUUAUUCUGUGGCACAAAGACUUUGUAAGUCAGCGUUCCUCAGGACAAUAGCCGCCGCCUCCCUGCAGACAGGAGGCUCCCAGUCACUGGGCUCCCAGGGUUCUAGCCCCUCCUCUGGGGGCGGGAGAGGGACAGUCCCAGGGGAGUUUGGUCCUGAGAGAUGAAGCUGCCCACUGUCUUGUGUGACCGUGUUUCCAUCUACUCUUCUGACACCUCUUGGGUCUCAUUAGACUUCAACCAGCUAGUGACUCUGUGACCAGGAAACUGGGCUCAGUAUGGCUUUGCCUGGGGUGGCCAUGGCCGAGCAAUUUCAAGUUAAGGUUCUGGGGUCAGGUGGCACAGUGUUGGGAAAAGGAGGCCGUGGGGGUCCCCAGUCUCUCUCCCGGAAUUCCCCACCCUGCAGCGCUCCUGUGCACGGAGCCCACAGGGGGUCUGGCUUUGCCGACUUAAGGAGAGUCUGGCUGGGACCCCUGCUGACCACAAACCCCUUCCGUGGGAGAGGCAGACAUCGUCCCUGAGGGCAGGGUGUGGGACGCAGAGGCGAGGAGACACUUCCCCAGGUUGGGAAGGUGUGACACCAUGGCCACCCCUGGGCUUUCCCAGCCCAGGACAGAGCUCGGGUGGCUUUUGAACGCUUGUCCGUCUGAAGUCUGCAGGGAGGAGUCUUACCGUCCAUCACCAGCAAGCAUCACCGUCCCCACCGAGCCCUCUGAGCUGAAGGAGGAAUUCAUCUAAUGAGGCGCACGCUCGUCACGUUAACAAACACACAGGGGAGAGGGCGGGUGUGGAAACAGAAUCAUGGAAAGAAAGACGCUUAUGCUGCCGUUUGUUUAAAAAGACAAGUUCACAACUCAGCACGGCAGAGGCAGGGCUGCCAGCACCCGGGUGGGGAAGCGCGGUGUCAGACGGGCAGGACCGGGACUGGAGGUGAUGUCUGAGGGUGGCGAUGAAGGAAGGGCCGCUGUCAGCUGAGCAGGGCUGGGGGAGGGGCCUAGAGGGCCUGUCAGUGAGUGACGAGUGACGUGAGUUUCUCACCGUAUGGGUGUGCCUGAGAUGCCCUCGGAGUGACACGUCCUUGUGGCAGGGAGCUAACCUAGGCCAGUGAAAGUCGGGCAUGUGACAGAGGCUUAUAAGGACACAGCUCUUACUUAAACUUCGCUUGGAGACACUUGGAUGGAUUUGAGCAGAUCCAAAUGGGGUGGUGGGUGUGUUUUUGGGAGGCUUGUCUAGGCCAUGUGUAGGAGCACCGGAAAGAAGGAGCCUGGGGGCCGGAGGGUGUCAGCCUGGAAGACUAGAGGGGGGCACUGUUUGCAGAAGCAGGUGCAGCAGGAGCAGGCGCAGCAGGAGCAGGUGCGGCGACACAGAGCUCCAUCUUCCCCGUGUGGCUGGGGUUCCCAGGCAGAGGGGUCUGGCAGGAAGCUAGAGAGGUGGGUUCGGAGAGUACUGCUGCUGGAGAGAAGAUGAGCGGAGAGAGAGGUUGAUCGGAGCCCAGGGAGGGGCGGAGUCUCCAAGGAAGAGUUCAGAGCCAAGGGCAGGCAUGUGGAGACCCUGCAGCGAAGCCAGGCGUCUGGGGUCCUGUAGGUUCUUCAUCCAUCUUGCUGUCUGUCCCUCUCACACCGCACUGUCUCGAUUCCCAUGGCUAUGGAAACACGUCUUCCCACCAGGUUCCGUGGUUCCUUGGUGAGAGUAGAUCACUGGCAGAGGGUUCCUCCCUCUUUCUUCACUCCACAUAAAUUUAAAAGUGAGCUUGUCUUUGUCUGUGAACAAAUCUUGCUGGGGUUUUGAUAGGAAUUGCAAUAAAGUUAUAGACUGACCUUGUGAAA